AGUCGGCAUUUAUAACUGAAUUAAAGUUCCAAUAUUUGCUAAGCGAUACGGGUUACGGAAUCGCAAAUGCGGUCGGAAUUGGAGGUCGAGGAACCAAACACCGAUGCCGAUACCGACACCGAGGCCGUGUUGCUACGUUUCCGACCACCAUACAGUCACAAUAAGGGUAUAUAAACACGUCUUCUCUCUUCCUCCACUUGACAAUCACAAACAACAAAUACUUCAAACCUCAUAACAAAACAAACAAUGCCCUCACACAAGUCCUUUACCAAGAAAUCAUCCACCUCGGACGCCGGAUCAGACAAAUACCUCGUCAUCAACCCACAUACACUCACCCCCCGCCUCACCUCAAAGCGUUCGCAAGACAGCGUCUAUCUAUCCUCCUUAUCCACGUCUGAUGCAGCGGCGUCGUUACCCUCUCCGCCGUCCAGUAAAACCUCGUCCACGAGCAAACGCUCAAAGUCCUUCAAGCCCCGACCGUGGGAAACCCUACGCAAGCUGAAUCCCCGGCGGUCAGGAUCCACCCGUCGCUCAAUCAGAGAUGCCGUGGUGGCCAGUCCCAUCAAAAGCAAUAACCCAGAAGCCUUCUGCUACACCUCUCCAACCCUCGACUUCUGGCUCGACAUGACUCAACUCCACCGAACCCUGCUCAAAGGCUUCGAUCUAAUCAUCACCACCGCACCAGAUUUCUACGCCUCCAACACAGCUCACGAAGAGUAUCGAACCUUCGCAGAAGGGUACGUAGAGUUACUAGAAUCUUAUCUGAACUGGAUGUGGACGAGACUGGGACCAGGUCUGCAGGGUUAUGUCCGCUUUCCGCUGGAUUUGGAGGUGGAGGUGGCGGAGUUGUUGGAUUCGCGGAUGGAGAUGGAGAUGUAUGUUAGAGAGGUUGAGGAGGUUGUUAGUUUGGAGGUGUUGUGUACAGUACCCGAGACGGUGUUGGAGGGGAUUGAGAUGGUGAGUAGGAGGCUGGGGUGGAAGGCGGAGAGGGUAAUGGGGAAUGUUGACAUGCUGUGAAUGGGUGUGAUACGCAUACUGGAGGUUAUGAGCAUGAUUAGAAGAGACCGUG